AUAAACUUCCGCAUGGGCCUCCUUGCCCGGCGCGUGACGUCACUUCCUGUCUCGAGUACGUCCGCCAUUUUGGUUGAGCCUCCAGACGCGAAGAGAGCGAGAGAGGGGGGGACGACGCUUCCGUUCCCGGGCGGAAGUGCUUGUCUCCAGGGCGACGGGCGCGCGCGCCGGGCGAGGGCGUCGGCGGCUCCUCCCCUUCCUGGGGCGCGUAUGGGGGGCGGGGCGGGGUGCGGGGCGUCACUUCCGGCGGCGGCAGCGGGCCCUUCCCGUCCGCCAUCUUGCGGAGUGGGGGGACGCGGGGGGCCCGUGGGCCGCGGCGGAGGGAGGCCGCUCCAUGGGAAGAGGAUGCAGCGCGGAGCCGGAGGCGGGGCCGGAGGAGGAGGGGGCGGGGCGCCGGGCCCCGGGCGCGCGCUGCUGAGGCGGGAGCUGCGCCUCCUCGAGUCCAUCUUCCACCGCGGGCACGAGCGCUUCCGCAUCGCCCGCGCCUGCCCCGACGAGCUCGGCUGCGAGUUCCUGCCCGGAGCCGGAGCGGCAGGCCCCGUCCGCAUCCACGGAAACAUCACGGAGUCCUACCCGGCGGUGCCCCCCAUCUGGUCGGUGGAGUCGGACGACCCCAACCUGGCCGCCAUCUUGGAGAGGCUGGCCGACGUGAAGAAGGGCAACACCUUGCUCCUGCAGCACCUGAAGCGCAUCAUUUCCGACCUCUGCAAGCUCUACAACCUCCCGCAGCACCCGGACCUCGAGAUGCUGGACCAGCCGCUGCCGGCGGAGCAGAGCACCCAGGAGGAGGUCUCCUCCGAAGAAGAGGACGAGGAAAUGCCAGAGGACACGGAGGAGCUGGACCACUACGAGAUGAAGGAGGAGGAGCCGGCCGAGGCCAAGAAGGCGGAGGACGACGGCAUCGGCAAGGAGAACCUGGCCAUCCUCGAGAAGAUCAAAAAGAACCAGAGGCAAGAUUACUUAAAUGGGGCAGUGUCCGGGUCCGUGCAGGCCACCGACCGGCUGAUGAAGGAGCUCAGGGAUAUUUACCGAUCGGCGAGUUUCAAGGGCGGAAACUACGCGGUGGAACUCGUGAAUGACAGCCUCUACGACUGGAAUGUCAAACUCCUGAAGGUGGACGAGGACAGCGCCUUGCACAGCGACCUCCAGAUCCUCAAGGAGAAAGAGGGGGCCGACUUCAUCCUCCUCAACUUCACCUUUAAGGACAACUUCCCCUUCGACCCUCCCUUCGUCAGGGUGGUCUCUCCUGUCCUCUCUGGAGGGUACGUCUUGGGCGGAGGAGCCAUCUGCAUGGAGCUCCUAACGAAGCAGGGCUGGAGCAGCGCCUACUCGGUGGAGUCGGUCAUCAUGCAGAUCAGUGCCACGCUGGUGAAGGGCAAGGCCAGGGUCCAGUUCGGCGCCAACAAAAACCAGUACAGCUUGACGAGAGCCCAGCAGUCCUACAAGUCCCUGGUGCAGAUCCACGAGAAGAACGGCUGGUACACGCCCCCCAAGGAGGACGGCUAGCGGGAGAGGCCGGACGCCGGCCGAGCAGGAUCCGCCGAAAGGCCCGUCCGGACCGGACUGACCGCGGUGGGUGUUUCCAGGACUCGUCCCUCCGGAUCCCCCCCCGGCCCCUUGCGCAAGACUUUUCAGCGGGAUCCUUUCCCGGGACGUUAUGCGCCGGGCUUGGGGUCAUUGAGCAAGCGGGCGAGUGGCUGACCGACUGACCCGUGGACAGACUGACCAUCCGGGGGCCCGCCUUCCUCCGCCGUUGCCGCCGCUCUUAUUAAAAAACCACAAAACGCGCCGCACACACACAAAAGAGAGCCCCCAAAGCGCAACUUCUCUCUCUCUCUCUCUCUCUCUCUCGUUCUGCCGGGAGCGGGGUCACCUUCGUCGCCCCCCUCCUCCUCUUCCUCCUCCUCUUCCUCGGCUGCGGAUUUAAUUUAUUUUCUUAUUUCCCAUGUACACAGUUGCCUCUCUCUCUCUUUUCCCCCCCUCCUAAUUUUUAUUUUUAUUUUGGGGAGGGGGCUUGUUCCAGUGUAUGAUGGAUGUGGACGGGGAAGGAGAUGUACCUUCGCAGAACAAUUACACUUGUUUAAUUUGA